AUGAAGCUGGCGCUCGUUGCAGUGAUGGCUCUGAACAGCUUCGUCUUCUGGUUUUGGUAUUCGCAAAAGAAAAAUUUGGCGGAAACAGCUGGCGCCGCCAAUUUACGGCCUUUCGACUACCUCGAAAAGUUCAAUAGUAGGUUUAUGUUUUGGGGGAUCGAACCAGCGACCUCGGGAUCCAUAAUAUGCCCUCUUAGCCACUCGACAAAACCGUAAUUUCAGAUAUGACCGAGAUAAUGAACAACACCUGCGUUUGGCCGUUACUUUCACCAGCGCAACAGGAAAUCAAAAUUUUUAUUGGAGGUUGCAAGUGAGAAUUUUUACUAAUUUAAAGGCGCAUGGACCAAUUUGCAAAAAGGUCUUGAUGUAGAGACCCUUUUUCAAUGGUUUUCAAAUCUUUUGAACUUCCUGGCAGUUAUUUUUGAAUGUCAUUUUUUUAAGUUUUAAAGGCGCAUAUGCUGAAUUCAAUGAACGGGUCUUGAAGGGAAGAGCAGAUUUCAGCGUUAUUUGACGUUAUUUAAUCUUUUGAACUGCCCAGCCAGAGUUUUAGAGGGAGUUUAAAGGCUCAUAGAGUGAAUUUUAAAAAAGGUCUCGUAGCGAAGAGCAGAUUUCGGCGUUAUUUGGCGUCAUUCAACCCUUCGAACUCCACAGAAAAUUUGUUUUAAACAGAAUUUCGAAAGCGUACAGUAAUCCCCUACCGUAAUCCCGAUUUAGACCAAUUACUUGCCCAACAGACAUGUCCAACAUGGCUCAACUAUCAUUGGACGGGAUUCUAACCAUUUCUCAUGAUAUCAUUUCGAGAAGGAUCUCUGACCGUAAUCCGAAUUUCAAGUGAGGGUACGGUAUUCUACUGUGAAAGAUUUUCUCCAUUUUAAGCUGUUAUUACCUGGAUUUGGUGCAAAGCUGGGCGUGGACCAUUGUGAAAUCAAAGGAGGAAAUUUUGGUACGCGACGCGACACGCAGCGCGGCUGACGGAACUCGGAACUUGUUCAGAUUGAGCCGGACGUUCCCACGAAAGUGCCAUUCGAACAGUUUCUGGUCAUUUGCAAAGAUCCGUUCGGAAAUUAUAUUUACGAGAAGAGUUUUGUCAAUUUUGCGGCGAGGAGCUCGAAUUCUACCGAGGUUUGAAGGAAAAAUUCUUUUGAGGAUUAUACGAUUUUUCUUUAGACGGAAUUAAGAGAAGGAGAUUUGAAAGCGGCAGAUCCGGUGAGUUUUCGAGAAGAAAAAUGGUGAAAAAAGUGGAAUAAAUACUAGAAAAAGUUAAUUUUCAUAAAAAAAAAAGGCUAACUUGAGCUAGAAAAGAGCCUGAAGCCUUAAAUUUUUGAGACUUUGAAGUUUUUUGAAUUUUCUCUUCAACUUCCCUUGUACGCCAAGAAUUUCAAAAUUCAGAUUUUAGGAGCUCAAGACACGGUUUUGACGUUUCUGUUGGAGUUUUGAAAAUAACAAUAAUUCAAUACCAUUCUCAGAAACUGUUAGGAGUGCAGAAAAAUUAUGAAAAAUUCAGGAAUAAUUUGAAAAAUAAAUAAGUAAAGAAGGGAUUUCCGGCCUUACAGGGGAUUUUUCCCGCUUGGCUUAACUAUAUUUCUUUUUAAUUUUUUUGUUUGAAAGUUUCAAUUUGAAUAAUAUUUUCAUCAUUUUUUUAUAGAUACGUAAGAUUUCUGUGACUUCCAGGAAUCCCCAUCCCUAAUAAUCCUGGCUCUUCGCGGCGUUUCCCACAACCAAAUCAUGCGAAGAUUGCCAAAAUCGCUGCAAUUUAUGAAUGAUAAUGGAUUCAUCUCGGCCGCCAUGUUCAAUCAGGUCUUUUUUCGGCAAAACUUUUGUAGAAAUGAAAGAAUAAGUUUCAGAUAAGCCAAGAUAACGAUGAGAACUUGAUGGCGUCGAUCGGGGAUGGAGACGCCGACGGAAUUUGGAGCAAAAUGAGGGGUGAGAAAAAAUGGCCGCAGGGAUUUUUGGCUUGUGCGCUCCAUGGUUAAUUUAGGGAUUAUUUGUAGAGCAGAACAAAGACCAAAAAUGAAAAAAAAAUUGAUGAAAAUUUAACAUGAUUAUCAAAAAACAAAUUUUUUUAUUCAUACGAUUUGCCUUGGAGCGCAUUUUGGAAGAAAAUUAGGAAAAACAAUGAUAAAUUUUGAAAUAAAUGGUUACUGUGCUUUUCAGCUUGUGCGCUCCAUUUCUAAUUUUUUGCGUCUCUUGUAAUUACCUAGGUAACCCGAACGUUUCUGAGACACUCUAGUGACCACUUUAGCGGCAUCAACACCCCUUAAGUGAUCUCUUGGAUUGCUCAUAAUGGUCCGGGAUGCAUACGGCUCGGAGAGAAUUUGUCCUCGGGGGCAUUUUUAGUGACCACUUUAGUAGCGUCAGCACUCUUAAGUGAUUCCUAGAAUUGCUCAGAGGCGUCUGAUUUUUGUUCCCAAAGUUCGAGUCUAUGCAAAUUAGCCAUGGGGCGCAUUAUUGUAUCAAACAGAGGCUAUUUUUCUCAUUUUCAGAACGCGGCUGUGUAACCUUUCUCCACGACGACAUCCAAGGCGGAGCUCCUUUUGGGAGCAAUGUGACGAAAGAACUGGAUUUCGACUUUCAUACCAGGAUUUAUCAUUCCUAUAAUCUGGACAGAUUGAUAAGGCCUCCCUUUGUGGGCCAUUGCAUGGCCGAUGGAAAGGUUUGAGGGUUUUGGAGUUUUUUGAGGCAGAAAAUGAAUGUUUAUAUAGUCAAUGUUUCCCGACUUGAAAGGCGAGGGAGGCGGGGCAAGGGGUGGGACGCGUAGCGUGUGCAUUCGCGGUUCUUGGCACGAGUUCAAUUCAAUAGCCGCCGACUAUUUAAAAAGCUCGGCAGCCGCUCUUUUUCAAUUUUUUUUUACUAUUUUUUGAUGCACACAUGAACAUAAUCAUUAAAUAAUUGAAAAAGGAAUGAAAAAAGCGAAAAACGGGUUUUUCAAAGAGUAGAUGGCGGUUGAAUUGAACACGGGUCAAGAACCGCGAACGCACACGCUACGCGUCCCGCCCCUUGCCCCGCCUCCCUCGCCUUUCAAGUCGGGAAACAUUGACUAUAGCUGAGAUACCGCUUGAGCCAUUGGAAAAAGGGUCCUGACACGAUAAUAAAAAUACAGAUAACUUCUCAAAUAACUUGAAAUUUCUCAAAAAUCAGAAUUUUUUGAAUCUUUUCAAAUUUCUUCCAGAAGGUCAGAAGUUUGUAGGUUCUUGAAAGUAUGAAAAAUAUCAAUCUUUUUCAAAAAAAGUUCUAAUUUUCAGCUCAACGUUGAGGAUUACUUGGACGUUUGGCACCGUUUCUCGGCGAAAUUUCAAGAUUUUUGUCACUUUUCAAUCGCUUAUUUCUCGGGAAUCGGCGCGUAUGAUGACUGUAGUCUUGGCGCCAUGGAUCGGCUCUUGGUGUUGGUUUAAAUUUCCUGUAGAGACCACUCCAAAGUUUCUCAGCUUUAAGAAUACUGGGGAAACUUGUAGUGGCCCUUAAGAGACUCCUCAAGGAUUAUUUGGAGAGGACAUUCAAGUGGCCACCUUUGAAACCACCUUUGUAGAAACCAUUAUUUCGCUUUUUAGUGACCACUGUAGUACCACGUAGUCUUCUAAAGAGGCCGCUAAGUUUUAGCCACUUAAGUGACCACUAAAUUAAGUAUUAUAGUGGCCACUGAAACCAACUUUAUAGAAACCUUCUUAGUGUCCACUUUAGUAGUUCUUAGGAGUCUAGUAGUACCACUUAGACUUCUAAAGAGGCCACCAAGUUUUAGCCACUUAAGUGGCCACUAAAUAUUUCUCCAUUAAUCCAAUCUAAUUGAUUUUUUUCAGUCAAACUUUCGAAAAAUUCAAAUCCAACGGCUUGAUGAACACAACGGCGAUUGUACUACUCACCGACGGCGGGAACAGUAAAUCGUAAUAAUUUUUCUAAAUUCUCGCAAUUUCACUUAUUUUCCAGAGAUUUCUCUGCUACUAUCACCGGUUCCGUUGAAAUGAGACAUGGCGCGUUUCUAAUCAGGCUUCCGGAAGGUUUUGCGAUGAAGUUCCCGGAGAAGGCGCGCAAUUUGAAGAUUAACUCGAAUCGGUUUGGGAGCAAGAAGAAAUUCCAGUAAAUUAUUCGAGGAAAAUUUCCCAGAUUGAUGAGUAAUUGGGACGUCUAUGCGACGCUGUUGGAUCUCAACUCGGCAAAUGGGGAAACAGGUUUUUUUUUUGAGUUUCAAAAUGUCCCUUUAAGGGUUUUCACACGUUUUUUGUGUUCUUGAAAGAGUGGGCCGCAUUUUUUUUCCAUCGAAAGGCUUGUAGAAACUAAAAAAAUCAUUUUUUUCAGAAUUUUUGGUUCCUUUUUCUUUAAAAAAAUGAUAAUAUUGGGCUAAGAAGUCUCAGGUUCGAUUCUUUAUUAAUAUCAGAAAAAAAUUCCCUUUUUAAGGUUAUUAAUCUAUUUUUAAAAAAAGGAAGUUUUUGAAUUCGAUCCCUCGCCUAAAAAGCUUUUUUUGCAAUUUUUUUAAAAGAAAUUGAACCAGAAAACGACUAUCACGGUUGAAAAGACCCUAUUACUUCGUUCCACGCUCUAAAGAGCUUCAUUUUGACAAAAAAGCAAGGUCUUUGGUUCAAUCCCUCUCAAGAGCGGACUUUUUUUUGCCAUUUUCUGUUGACUUCUAAAAUUUUCUAUCAUUUGCCAUUUCUUGUAUAAACUACACCAGAAAUCUAUAAUCACGACUGAAAAAAAAUCCUUUUCUUCUCCUUUUAUCCUUCUUUGAGCCCUUCUGUGACUAUUAAGGUCUCUGGUUCAAUCCCUCUCAAGAGCGGACUUUUUUUUUGCCAUUUUUUGUGGGCUUUUAAAAUAUCCUUUCAUCAUAUAAAUGGACUUAGAUUUGACUUUUCACCUCGGAUCUUUUUUUGCCAUUUCUUGUAUCCCAUUUCUUUGAUCUCUUUUGAGACAAUUGAGAGACCCUCUGGUUCAAUCCCUCUAAGAGCCCAUCCUUUUUUGCCAUUUAUUUACUUUUCAUUUCAGCCGGUUCAUUGCUCAGCCGAAAACUCCCAAACGAUAGAAUUUGCUCUGACGCUGGAAUUUCAACGGAUAUGUGCCUUUGUGCGACGGAAAAAGACACUGAGAAGCAGAAAAGGUUUCAAAAAUUGAUAUUCGCAUGUAUUUUCGAUUUUUCCAAUGCAGAAAAUACAUAAUAGCCGUGGAUCAAGCGAUUCAAAAAGAGUUUUCAACGAUGAAAUGUGUUUAUGGGGCGUGGGUUCUCGACACGAAGAACUUGAAGGUUUUCGGAGUACGGUAUCAAUCGAGAAAGUGAACUGAAACGAGAGAACAUGGAGAAAAAAGAUUUUUUAGAGGUCCCGAGUUUGCUGACGUUCUCGUUCGCGUGAAUAUGCAUCCGAUCAAGGGGAAAUCGGCGGAUGAGAAGAUUACGGUAGGGGAACUGUCUGACCUGUCUGCGCUCUCUCCUGGUCAUGGAGAUUUUGAAAUAGCACGUAAACAGGAGAGAGCGCAGAGAAAUCAAACUUAUACCGAGUUUCCAUGUACCUUUGCUUUGUAAUACCAAAACGCGCGAGUAGUUUCUGGUAAAACCGAAAUUAAGCGACGCAUUGAGCCAUUCCAAAUGCGACCAAAACUUCAAUCUUCAUUGACUUUUCCAGCAAUUGAUCGAUUUUCGAGGCCGGGUGAGGAUCGAUUCAAACGAAGCCGAAUGGGUUGGACCUCUAAUUUUUCGAAAUUCCACGAUUCCUUGUGAAUUUUCCGGACUGGACAGGUUAAUUUUCAGAAAUUCCAGUGAUAAGGAGCAAUUUUUCAGCCUGUGCAAGACUUGCUUCUACAAUCUGCCCAAUUUUUGAGUUUUUAGUUUAGUUUUAUGAUUAUUUCAAAAAUCGUGCGGGUAUUUCAAUUUAUGAAAAAUGGGUUUCGCAUGUGCUCUAUGUGGAUUUCGCAUGAAAAUAAAUUAUUUUUUGAAAUUUGCCGUGUUUUUUUUCGUUGCAUGAAGUAGGAAUUUUUUUGCAUUUUUUUAUCCCAUAUUAAAAAAUAUGAAAUUUAUAGAUUGCAUGUGAAUAAAAUUGAAUUUGGCUGUAGCGUUUUUUUCAUCCGCAACGCCUUUGAGCCAUUCCAAGUGCGACCAGAGAAUUUUAGGAUUUUUUUAAAAAAAUCGUUCAUUUUUUUCGGAAAAAAAGGCUUUUUUUCUGUUUUUUUUUUACUCAUAAGUUCAAAAUUUCCGAUUUUUUAAAUUCGAGUCGAAAACUGAUCUCAAAAUUUCGUUCAUUGAACCGAUUUUUUUUUUGGAGAUUUUUGGGGCCCGCGAGAGAAAAAACUUCUAUAAACAUGUUCGAAUAAUUUAUUUUUCAGUGAAAAUUUCAAAAAAAGAUCUGUUUUCGCUUACAAGCGGCUUACUCAUAUCAAUUUCUAAUAUCACUACUUUCUGAAAAAUGAUUAUUCAUACUGUUCAAAGCUCUUCUUGAUAAUAAGGUCAAACUCUUUCAGCAAAUAGUUUAUUAUUUUUCAAAGCGCUAAGAUUUUUAUUUUUUCCGGUGAGUGAGCAGCCGAAAAAUGGCAUUCUUCUUCCUUUUCCGGUUUUCAGUUCGAAUUUCCAUGCUUCAACAAACGAGUAAAUAGGAAAAAGUCGUUUUGAUCAGAAGGAAAAUUUUUUUUAUUUUCGAAAGAAAGAAGUGCAAAAAAGACAAGAGAAAUUAAUUCAACCCCCCCUCCACUUCCAAAAAGUACAGAUGCAAGCUUCAUUGCCUUUAAUGAAUAUUGAUGGUCUCUGGAGGAAUAAAAGGAAUGCGUAGGCUUUUUUGGUUCAAAAACAAAGCUUUUAUGAAUUUUGUAAAGCUGCUUUGAAUUGAACAACUGGAAAAAUUAGAAAUCAUCAAAACUUUUUUAAGAGUAGGAAUUUUUUUCGGUCUGAAAAUUUAUCUUUCUGAAUAACCAUUUCAUAAACUCUCUUCUUAGUGAAACGAAGUCUCUUUGAUUACUCAUAUCAAAAAAUAAUUUCACCACUUUCUGAAAAAUGAUUACUCAUGGUUUUCAAAGUACCAAGCUCAAAAAUGAAGCCAAACUUGCUCAUUAAUUAAUUUUUUUGCGAGGCGCCAGAUUAUUUUUCCGGUGAGUGAGCAGCCAAAAAAUGUCAUUUUUCUUCGGUUUCCGGGUCCCUCCCUCAGUCAUUUCUCGAUUAUUAUGAGCUCUGUGGGAACUUUCUCCAAUGAACGGCCUUCCCUGCACAUCAGCGGCAUGUCUCUCAUUCUGGUUCUGUCGAUGACCAUCAGUUUCUGUUCGAUUUAUCUCGUCGUGUUCAAGUCCGGCAAAACGCCCUACAGAUAUCACUUGCUCUCCUACAUGGUCAGUUUUUUUAAAGAUUAAUUUUUUUGACGAGACAUUCGAAGAACGCCGUGGGUGGCAAAUGACGUGAAAAAUAUUUUGGCAUGGGAAAAAUAAGUAAAGUUCUUUUUCUAUUAGAAAAUCAUCCGGAGAAAAGAAAAAAAGGGUGUUGGUCGCUUAAAAUUGAAUUCAAGUUAUAUGGCCGCACUUUUGGAAUGGCCCAUCGAUCGCGUCGCGGUAAAAAAAAAUCCAAAAUUGUAGAAAAAGCGCCAAAGCUCGAAAAAUGGUGUUUUUAAACUAAAGGACCACUACGAGGAAGCGCAAAAAAAUCUUGAUGACCGCGUUUGGAAUGGAUUUCAACGCGUCGCGGAGUUCUGACCAUUUUUCAUAGAUAGAAAAAACAGGGUUUUCAGGUAUCAAAAAAGUCGAAAAAUAUUCAGAACCGCAUUUGAAAUGGCUGAAUACGUCGCGGUCGCGCUGCGUUUGCGUUAUUCUGUGACAUAAAAUUCCAUCAAAUCAUCUUGAAAUUUUUCUCAAAUGUACUACUAUCAUUGGUUGAAACCAUGAGAACCGCUUCGCAGCCGCGACGCGCUGAGCCAUUCUAAACGCGUCCAUCUUUUUUUUCUGGUUUUGAAAAGAUUUUUAUUUGCAAUCUCUUUUUACAUUCCAGAUCAACUCAUUACUGAUCGAUGUUUGGAUGGAAAUCGGUUUGCUGCCAAAACCAUUAUUUCCGCUCGUUGGAGCCCAGUUUUGGAGCCCGGUUGUUAUGGAUCUCGGAUUGGACAAGUAUUUAGCGGCAGUGAGAAACAUUUUUGCUUUUGAAAAAAAAAGUUGAAAACAUUUCUGGAAAAAGAGUUGACUAUGACUACUGGGAGAAUUUCCAGUGAUCCCUUAAGGAUUUCGAAUUUUUAGUGGUCACUUAAGCGGCUAAAAAUCCUCUCUAGAAGUUCGAGUAGUACUAGUAGAUUACUAUAGUGGCCACUGAGAGGCAAAAAGCUGAGUAGAGGUGGUUAUAGUGGCCGCUUUAGAGCCCUCUCCAAGUAGUCUUUGAGAAACCUCUUAAGUGACCACUAGAGUUUCACCCAAUUAUUAGUGAAUAUUUUGAGCCUAAUAAAUCCUGAAUCUCAAAAACUUUCCUUGUAUUUUAAUUUUAUAGUUACAAAUUAUAAUUUAUACCAUAUCGCUCAUCAUACCUCAUAGUCAUACGUUACAGUUCAAGUUUAAGACUUCAGCAGCUAUUUGAUGAAAUGAUUAUGAACAAAUUCUUCCUUGAAUACACGGCUAAUCUCAUUAUUUUUUCAAGUGAUUGAGUCGGUCAAUUGUUUCUUCUGAAAAGUUCUCAUAAUGAAUAUUUUGCUCCGAAAUAACCAAAUUCAGAAUAUAUUUUUCGUCCUCUUGGAAUUAUGCAUAACAACGAUCGGAACAUGCUUCAUUCAUCAACAUGAUGUCGCCGCCGAAAUGGUCAAGGUAGUCUUGAUAUUUUAUAAAUUGGUGGGAUCGAAAAAUCGAAAAAAAAAAAGUUAUUUUUCACUUCUCCGCCAUUCACUUCUUCAUUAUUGAUUUUUUGGUGGUAUGAAAAAAACACCAGCGAAAAUUCAAACGGCGACUUUUCCGAUUUUUUCAUAUUGCUAGAGAACUUUCCGACGGCCACUUUUCCGACGGAUCCCUUUCCGACUUUUUUCCCUUAUCUUUUUUCGGUUUUUAAAACAUCUAUUAACAUUUUUUUUCCUAUUUCUUUGUGUUUUAAUCAUCAACCAACUACCUACAUUAUAUAGGAAGAUUCAAAAUGAAGAUUUUAUCGAGAAAAAAAGUCGGAAAAAGAUUCGUCGGAAAGGUGGCCGUCGGAAAGUUCCCUAGCGAUACGAAAAAAUCGGAAAAGUCGUCGUUUGAAUUUUCGCUGGUGUUUUUUUCAUACCACCGAUUUUUUACUCCUUCUAUACUUACUACAUGUUCUAAUUGCCCAACUUUGAGAUAAACCCAAUUGCUGGACAGUCUACUGGGUAAUACCUCAAGGAAGCAAUAGAAGAGCAAAACCAAGAUUAGUUUGAGCUCAACCGUCAUGAGAAAACACGGAUUUUUUUUUCGAAAAAGUCGAGAUUAUUCAGGGGACCACGGUCGGAAAAAUAAGAUGGCGUAUUUUCAUCGUUUUCACUGUUUUCUGCUCUUUCGCCAUCGGGGUCGUUGACGAUUUUUCAAAGCUGACCCCGUUGGAACAACAAACCAGCAUCAAAGAAGUUGGUUUUAUUUUUUUAAUCGUAGAAAGUUGAAAAAUGAGAAGAAGGCUGAGUUUUCGAGUGUCUGCGUCUCCCUGGCGACGUCAGAGAUAUACGAAAACAGCAUGUAAACAUGAGAGAGUCGUUGAGAGACGAGGAGGGCGCAGAGAAGUGCCGUCCUUUCAAAAAUGGACUAUUUGGUUCUUUCAGAAAAAUUUUGAACUCAUGAAUCUUUUUUUAUCGAUUUAUUUUAUCAAACCGAUCCAAAGUUCCAUUUAAUAUUUGCAACAGAAUUUCUUUAAAGGAACUUUCCGAUGAGUCAGGAAGCUUAAAAAUUCAAAAAAGGGGCGUUGCCAGCCAAUAAAACGGCUCAUUUGGUUGAGAGAGCUCUUUAGGAUUAAUAAGACUAAAUUUUAAAAAAAAGUAGAAUUUAAAAAAUGAUAUUAUUUUUUUCAAAGUUUUGCAAUGAAGUCCUCGGUCGUCGAAUUUUGAGAAUUUCUGAUUUUUCUGCCUUUUUUCUCGGGUUUACGUGCUAUUUUGAUGUUUUAUGAUCACUACGGUGAGAGAAAAGAGAGCGCAGACAGGUCAGAGUGUUUAUGGAGUGAUGAAAUUUCAACACUUUCCUCAAAUUUUUUUCAAAAAGCCCAGGAAAAAUUCAGAAAAAAAUUUCUUCCAUUCUGAAAUUGAAAAUUCUCUAAUGGGACGGUUCUCAGAUGGGGAGGCUUUUUAUUAUUUUUUAUUUUCAGUACUAUCCAUACACGAUCAAUUUAUCUUUGGACAAUGUUAUUCUCUAUGAUUAUUCUCUGAAUAAAACUGUAAUUUAUGCACUAACUUUCGUCUAUUUAUUCUCUACGACGACUACAAUUUUGCUCUGUUGCCUCGCAGCCCGGACUUUUAUGAUUCUGAAAAAUGUGACCGGAAUUUUUUCGAGAAGAACUGCCGAGUUGCAGAAGAAUGUGCUGAGAAGCUUGGUGGCGCAGGUUUUUUCUUUCUUGAAAUGGUCGCAAUUGGAAUGGCUCAACGCGUUGCGGUCGCACACAAAUGAUUGAUGGCCGUACUUCAGCAGCUCGCUAUAAUGAUUCACCAUGCUCACGCGCGAAAGUCGUUUCAAGUCGGCGGAGCACGCUUUGAGCCAUUCCAAAUGCGACCAUGAGCUUCCAAAUAAAUAAAUUUUUCCAGUGCGUCGCCCCUUUAAUCCUCUUCUUCGUUCCGCUUUUUGGAUGUGGAUUUAUUGUUCUUCUUCAGGUUUAUACGUUAAAUUGUCAGUUUUUUUCUUAUCAAUAAUUUUUUUCAAAUUCCAUUCAAUAAAAAAAGAAAACGAUAAUAUUGCUUGAAAAAUUAAAAAAAGCGAUAAAGUGGUCAUUUCAAGAAAAAAAUCCAAAAAAAUUGGUUUGAAGACACUUGAGAGACCACUUUCAUAAUAUUUCCUGCGAUUUAUUCUCAAUCGAAUCAAAAUAUGUGAGUAGGCUAUUUUAUAAAAAACCUUUGAAACUGGAAAAUGACCCAAAGGGGAGUUUACCUAUAAAAUGCGAACUUUUCGAAUUAAAUAUAUAGGGAGUUUGUAUUUUUCAAGUUUACUAUUAUAAGCGCACUUCAUAUUUUUGUGAAACUUGGAAAUGACAAAAAAAACGAGGUUGGAAGCCAGAAUUUCCAAAAGUUGUGGUUUUUUGAGUAGAAAAUUGUCAAUUGAUUUUUUUUACUCCGUUCUGUGCUCCCAAGCUCUUCCUGAAUGGACUAUAUAACGCAAAAAAUUUUGCUAUUUUUCUGAGGAUCUUGCCCUAAUUCAAUGAUAAGCUUUUCAUUAAACACCUCAUAUUCUAUUUUUUGAGGGUUUGUCAUUUUCUGCACCUACAUGGUCGCCAUACACGGGAUCGCCUCGAAUUUGGCCAUGAUUUUGACGACGCCUCGAUUUCGGGAAAUGGUGUUCAAAUUUUUGAUGAUUUUGCCACAGAACCGGGUCCAUGGUCAAGGAAGCUCAAUUAUGGUUCUCACUUGA